UUUUUAUUAAGGGAUCAAGAGAAUACAAAUAGUCUGGAUGCAUAUCCUCAUGCUACUUAAGAAUACUUUCUUUUUUUUCCUGAAGGAUAUUGCUGAUUCUUUAAUGCUAUACUAUUUAUGGUAAAUGAUUUCUAGCACAACUACCUGAACUGGGGUCCGAGUUGUGUUAAAUGGAGGUUCAACAGUCAUGAAUUGGCAACAGAUUACCCGUUCAACAUGAAGCUAUCUACUGAUUCAGAAAACCAAAAUUUGCAUUAGCUGUCAAGCAGGGACAAUGAGUUUACCAGGUUCCACUAGUUUAAAUUCCAGUGGCAACGACUGGAUUACAGUAUCCUCAUCUUUACAGUUUGCAGCUCAGCAAUUUCAGGUGAUGCACAGAAGCAGCAUCAUUCCAAGUGAGCAUUAAGACGACACGCAGUCAAAUAUUUCUAGUUGCGACUGAACACACAACUUGGUGAAGUUCUGAAAACCAGCCCAACUGGUGGACCAUCCUCUUGAGACUCAGUUUAGUCUCUACUAGUACCAACUGGACCUGUAUUGUUAUUGAUAGUGACACAGAAAAUCAGGCUGUCACAGGUGCUUUUAGUACACGAUAAGGGCAUAUGAUCUUGAAAUUAUCUUUACUUUCUUCCUAGAGACAUCAGUUAUUCAAACUUUCCUCUGUCUACAUCUUCUGAGUUUGGUGGAAAUAUUUUCUCCACUUACCUUUCUGAAGCUGAGAAAGAAAUAGCCUGCAUUUUCAUUGAAGAUAUUUUUAAAUCGAACACAAUAGAAAGUGCGGCACACAGGGGCUUGUCCUGAGAGAUUACAAGAAGAAUGCUGGUCCCGGGUGCACUAGGGCAGGAUGGAGUUGUGUUGGCAUUGCUCGUCAGCUGCUAGAUGGUUGCCGUUGAUGCUGCUAUGGCAGUGGGCAGUGUUGGGUCGUCUUGGCUGUUUUUUGGUUCUUGCUGCUGCUCCAGAUCAGCAUGCCACCGCUACAGAUACUGCCAGGGCGGACGGGCACCUGGACUGGCUCCUCUUUGACAGGGGACCUUUUCACCGCUCCCCAGAGUAUACCGACUUUAAGGAGAGGUUCCAACAGGGCUUCACCACCAGAUACAAGAUCUACAGAGAGUUCAGCCACUGGAAAGUUAACAAUUUGGCUGCAGAACGGCGGGACUAUUUUAAGGCACCCUUACCCCUGACCCCCGAGUUCAUUCGUAACCUGAGACUGCUGGGACGCCGGCCCAGUCUGCAGCAGAUCAAUGAAAACCUGAUCAGGAAAUACGGGACCCACUUUCUGGUGUCUGCCACACUAGGAGGAGAAGAAUCACUUACUAUAUUUUUGGACAAGCAGAAGUUGAGCAAAAAAGCGGAAGGCAAUGGCAACAGUUCAGCAGCAACUCUGGAGACGCUGCAUCAGCUGGCAGCCUCUUAUUUUAUUGACAGAGAGAGUACACUAAGAAGACUGCACCAUCUCCAGAUAGCAACCUCCGCCAUCAAGGUAACAGAAACCAGGACUGGACCUCUAGGAUGCAGUAACUAUGACAGCCUGGAUUCAGUCAGUUCAGUCUUAGUGCACAGUCCUGAAAACAAAAUCCAUUUACAAGGCCUCCAGGACAUCCUCCCAGAGUUUCUUCAGAACCGUUUUGUGGAGGCGGCCCUCAGUUAUGUGGCCUGCAAUUCAGAGGGUGAGCUCCUCUGUCGAAACAAUGACUGCUGGUGCCAGUGCAGUGGCAAGUUCCCGGAGUGUAACUGCCCUUCCACGGAUAUCAACGUUAUGGAGGACAACCUGCGCAAAAGCAAAAAAGCCUGGGCCAGCUUUAAUGCAGACUUUGAAGAAUCCGAUGAAUACAAGGUUUUUCUGAAGAGACUCCCGACUGAUCGCUUUUUGAAUACAUCAGUCAUAUUCCAGUUCUGGAUGGCAGAUACCAAUCUCCAGCGACGUUAUGGACAACUGGAAGCCGGCAGCAGGCUGCUUCUUUGGAAAGCGCAAAAGAUUGUCCGCAAACUUUUCACGUUGAGCAAACGCUGCCCAAAACAGCCAAAGAUUAGCCUCCCCAGGGAAAGAGCUUUGAGUUUUUGGCUGAACCGUGCCCAAUCUCUCUUAUACUGCAAUGAGCACAGCACUCCAGGAAUCUUUUCUGAAGAGGUCCAUGGCUGUACCUGCCCUUUUGAUCAGACAGCCUGCCAGGGGACAGUCCCGUGCAUGGUGGCAGAUGCAGUAGCUUGCUCCUCCUGUGCCCCUGACAAUCUCACCCGUUGCGCCAGCUGCAACCCAGGCUUCCUGUUGCUUCAUGGUGCCUGCAAGCCCAAAGUUGCGGACUCUCUGGAUCACUACAUUAACUUUGACUCAGCCAUGCCAGAUGCAGAGUUGAAGUAUCUCCUGCAGCAUCUGGACAGCAGGAUGGAAGUGCACGCCAUUUACAUCAGCAACGAUAUCCGUCUGGGCAGCUGGUUUGACCCGGCCUGGCGCAAGCGCAUGCUUCUCACCUUAAAGAGCAACAAGAACAAGUCCAACCUCAUCCACAUGCUAAUGGGUAUCUCCUUCCAGAUCUGCUCCACCAGAAACAGCACCCUGGAGCCAGUGCCUGCAAUCUAUGUAAACCCCUUUGGGGGAAGUCACUCUGAAAGUUGGUUCAUGCCUGUAAACCAACAGGAUUUUCCAGACUGGGAAAGAACUAAAUUGGACGACGGACUUCAGUGUUACAACUGGACCUUAAUGAUGGGCACCAAGUGGAGGUCCUUCUUUGAAACUGUCCACAUCUACUUGAGGAGCCGGAUCAGGUCAGAUGAUCCUAGCAGCAACGAAACUCUCUUUUAUGAGCCUUUAGACCUUGGAAAUGGUGCAGACGACAUGGGCUACAUGAAGAUAAACAGCAUCAAGGUAUUUGGUUAUAGCAUGCACUUUGACCCAGAAGGGAUAAGAGAUUUGAUCAUGCAACUGGACUAUCCCUACACUCAGGGAUCUCAGGACUCAGCUCUCCUCCUGCUGUUGGAAAUGCGAGAGCGGGUCAACAGGCUGUCCCCACAUAGCCCACAGCGCCUGGAUCUCUUCUCCUGUCUGCUGCGGCAUAGGCUCAAGCUCUCCACUACUGAGGUGGUUAGAAUCCGAGACUCUCUCCAGGCCUUUAGCUCCAAACUGCCAAACACAUCUGAUCAGGAACUAACCCAGUUGUGCAGUUAGCUUUGGACUUUGUAGGUGGUCUGUCAUGCCCCAAAAGAGAAGGUCUUAUUGUACAUGUUCAAUGGCACAUAAUUAUUUUCAGUUUUGUAUACAUUUAAAUGAGGCAGAAUUUCGAGCAUGCAUGCUCCUUUUCAAGGUUAAUCAUCAUAGGUGGAAGGAAAUUAGUUAAGAUUGCCGAACUGCUCAUCAACAAAAAUCUUUAUUUCAGAAGAGCAGAUGGGAGUUUGGUUUGAUGUUGUUUAUGAAGCACAGCAUUCAUUCUGAAGAAGCAGGAUAAACCUGUCAGUCCAAAAGUACAAAACUUUUUUUCUUUUUUUUACUUCAAGAUUAUUCUUUUGAAUGUUAGACAAAAAGGAAAAGAGAACAGAUUUUUUUACAGAACAUUUUGAUUGUAUUGAAUGUUGUGUUUCAGUAGUCUUUAUGUUGCAGGUAAACAAAGAAUGAAGGUUUUGUUAUUAGUGUACAUAUAACCCUGUAAUACCCAUUGUUGUGCCUCAGUCUUCUAUUCCACACUCUGCUUUGAGUGUGGGUUCAAGGAAUGUAAAUUGUAAAGUUUUGCUUUGUUUUUAAAUGUACUUUGGCCCCAAAUUAUCAACAAAUAGAACACCUUAUCAAGGGUUACCCCUUCAUUUACUUGAUGGUUUGUUUAGUUGAAAUCAUGAAUCCCAUCCUGUUCACCUGUGACUCACCUAAAAGAAAAGUUUUUGUGAUUCAGGUCAGAAGUAACCUUUAAUUUGAAGUAAGACAGUGUCUUACAGUGGUUACAAAGGACAAGAUAACAUUCAAUGUCUUUGUUGUUAAUUUAUAUACUUUUUUUUAAAUGUACUAAUUGUGCAUUGUUUCCAAAUAAUAAAAAGUGAAAUGUGGAAAUUGUAAAAGUAAAAAUGCCAAAAACUAUUGUGAAGAUUGUAUUUUUUCUUAUGUGGAGGUGUUCAUAUUUGGCAACCAAGCACACUUACACAAUAACUCAAUUUCUGAACAAAAGGUAUUGCACAUUUGGCAGUGCAAUUUAAGCUUAAGAUAAGUUUUGAGCUGCCUGAAGCACUGAACAAUUGAUUUGCCAAGGUGCUCCCUCCUUUUAAUGCAACCAUUUCCCCUUCUCUUCUCACUUGCAUAUCUGAAUCCUGCACACCUCAUAUUAACAGUGUUAUUAUGAAGUAUCUACUUAAAGUUUCUCUUCACAAGAUUUUGGACUUUUGUUUUGUACAUAAUCUUUUCUCUGAGGUUUGACGUGUUACUAUAGCAACACACCCUUGGCGCUGCUCAGUUGAACACCACAGCUGGAAUUGUGAAGAAAGUGUAUGUGAUCAUCACUUCUGGCUAUAUUCCUGGCAUUUUUACAGACACAAAAACAAUUGUAUAAUUUCAGCUUGCUAAAGGAUUUGCAGUUAGCAUGUCAAUCACAUGCUAAGCAGGUAGAAUUGUUGUUGUUCAACCUGGGAUUACUUAACCUAGACCUUGCUUUUUUUCAAUUCCUAUAAAAGCUUGAAAAGCCAUUGUGUUGGGGGCUAUGUGAUGAAAAGCAAGGUCACAAUAUUCAGCAACUUAAUUACAAACAGAGCAGCCUUUUACAUACUUCCCUCACAUCAGAGUAUCUUAAACUCUGUCAAGCCACUCUUUUUGUCUUGCAUUGUCACAAAGGGCAGUAUUUUCCAUCAUGCUGUAAUGGUAAGGCCAAAAAGAAAUCUUGCUUUUUCAGCACAUGACUAAAGAAUGUGUCAAUCACUGUUUAAAUGGAAAAUAUUCAAAAGUGAUGAAGAUGAUAAUGUGUCAUUGCCACUUCUUGUCAAACAGUUUAGGUACUGCCUAAAACCCAAGGUUCUCUGUAAAGGGCUUUGGUUUUCUCACUGUACAACUAUACUCAUGGGGCAGCUCCUCCGUGUAUACCUAAAAUGGGCACCAGCUGGAGUUUGUAACUACAAGUUGUUUAUCUUUGUGUCAUUUAUAAAUCAUUGCGUGCCCUUCAACUAAUCCUGCUACUCUGAAGGACAGCACAUCAAUCAAGGAGUGUCUUUUAUGCUGAGUUAACUGUUAUGAUUGUCCUGCGAGAAAAGAAGAAAAUAUUUUUUAAAGAUUGUUUUUCUUUCAAUGAUUUAUAACGCCUCAAGAAUACCAGCAGUGGGAUUUUGUGUUGAAACUUGUCAAAAGUGACAACUCCUUAGCUUUCCUUUCCUUUGGGUUUCUUUAUUUAAUGUCAUAUUUUUCUCUUCCCCCAUUAUAUCAUUCCACAAACACAAGUAAGAUGGUGCAUGUUCACCCAUAGUAGCUUCUGCCUGUCCCUUCCUGCUCCUGGUUCAUUCCUCAAUAAAAGAUUCUGUCGACAGAGAUCAUUCUCAUAACACAGAAGUGGGCUUUUAAAAAAAUGGAUUAGGUAAGGGUUAUAAUUUGGGUAUGACAAUGGGGUGAGAGAAGGAUUAUAUUUACUGUAGUGUUUCAAACAUGAAUUUGCUCAUUCUUGGGUUAGAAUGUGGAAGUGUUAUAUAGGUCAGGAUAAGAAUUCAGGGUAAGGUUCGAUUAAGUGCUAUGCUAGGUGUUUGGGUUGACAUUUCAUUUUGUGAUGGAGGUGUUUGGGUGGGUCUUUCCAAUCUGCAUGCGAAUCAAUGCAUAUUUCUUAUCAGACUGUCAAGGUGUUUGAAUACUGUAAAACUUCGCUGGCCUCCAAUACGCACCUGGUCGCUAAUAAGCGCCGGGGCUGCUGGGAAAUAUGGUGAAUAGACGCCAGAUCUCUUUUAAACGGCAGGUUAUGAAUAAUAAUACAAUGCGCGUCAUACUGAAUGUUCCAAUUUGUUGUUCAACAGUGAUGAAGAGACCCUUAGCUUCAGGAUGAAUGAUAAGAAAACUGAAUUUAAUUUAUUUUAAAAGGUACACAUAAUGCAGAUAGUUUUUUAUUAUUAUUAUUAUUAUUUUAUUUUUAUGACGUUAUUCAUUUUAAAACCAGUUGUGAAGCUUCUUUUGAGCGUGCUGAAAGUAAGUAAAAUACAAACUUGUUUUCUGAUAUCAGGGUUGCCUUUUAGUGUAUUUGUACGUGUUUUUUUAUAUAUAUUAACAGUAUUUCGUGCAUUUGAGUCUUAAAAUGAAUAUUCAUAUUUUGCUUCUUUUCCAACGUUCUUCAAUACGUACACGUUAUAAAAACAAAUUACUUUUGCUUUGAUUUUGUGAUAAAGCUGGUACAUGUUUUGAUUUUAUUGUUAAUCUUUAAACAGUUUGAAGCAUUUUUGAGUGUGUUGUGGGCCAACAGUAUGAACUUAUUUUUCGUAUUAACAUAACAACAGUAUUUCAUGCGGUUGUUUUGAUUCGUUGCUGGUUAAUUUUUCAUCGAUUGUCCAUGCUUACCAAUGUGACCAAUGCAAUGUACACGUUUUGAGGGUGAACAAUAAAUAUAAUAUGUGUUAAUAAAGAUGAUACUUAUUGAUUUUAU